AAAAUUCAAUAGAUAUUACCUAUAUGUAUCGGGAUUUUAUAUUUAUUAAUAACUGACUGUAUCUCUUAUACCAUUGUUUGUUAAUAAAUAGUUACAUAAUAUUUUAUAUUUCUUUAAAUAUUCAAAUAUUAAGUAUGUGUAAUGCAUUAAUGACCUUCCAUCAAAACUUUAAAAAAAAAAAAAAAAUUUAUAAAAACCCGACUAGUUAGUUUCAUCUCAAGAUUAAAUCUACCCUGCUCCUUGCGAAUACCGGUAUGCAUGUAGUAUAUGAUCUAAAAGUAGAGUGUAGAGAGAGGGUAGAUAGAAAGGACUUGACUUGCUCCUCCUUCAAUUCCUUUUCAAUUUUAUUUUCAAGCAGUUUAAUCAUGUUAUACUUUUGAUACAUUACUAUGUUGACUAAACCCACGCCACACCACACCACACCACCCCACCCUCCUCUCUCUCUCUCUCUCUCUCUCACAGUAGUCUUGGCGAGGAGACUUUGAGACACUCAUUUUUCUUUGGCUGGUACGUCUCACCACUGUCUCUCCCUCUCUCUCUUUGGCUGGUACUACUACGGUGGCUCUCUCAGAUUCUCGAAGUUACUUGGAGUUAAAGAAGUUUUCAUUUUGCAGUUUUCAUGUGGAUGCCAUUCCUUGUUAUGAAUCAAACUACCCCAAUCAGCUUUUGUUGGUAUAUGUGCUUUUUUCCCCAUAUAUUUGCCUUUUUAUUUUUUAUUUUUUGGCUAUAAUUUUAUUUUAUUUUUUUAAAUUCUAUUUAUUUAUGCAUUAGUUCAGUACAGUUAAGAAUAUUAUUGUUGAUUCUGUUAGCAUAGAAGGGAUUUAAAAUUGAGUGAAUUGAUUGAAAGAAAUCCACUUCAUGAUUUGUUAUUGUUGUUUGCCACUCAUAAUUACCAACCAAAACCCAACUCAAUUUCAUGUGGUGCUUAACUUGAUGGUUAUAGGGACUAUGCAUCUUCUAUCUCAAAUUUUUUUUAUUCUUCUUUUAUGAUUCACUUAUAGUUAUUUGAUUAUGUGAAAAUAUUGAGAUAUGAUCAAACGAUUAAAAAUGAAUUGGGAUGGAUAGAUGACAUAAACUUUAUGAAAGAGCCAAGGUUUUCUCAAGUCCGAGCUUCGGAUGUGCUCCAUUUUGAUUUUGUUGCAAAUUAAUGAUUUAGAUUUUGUCCACCUAUUUACAUACCUAAUUGUAGAUCCAAACAAAAAAUUGGACCCAAUAUUUAAUGGGUUUAUGGAUGGAAAAAAAAUUAAGCAUAACUUACAAAAAAUAUUGAUGCAGUACAAAUCCGAGUAUCGACUCACCAAUACAAACAUGUAUUGGAGAGAAGUCAUUCUCUCUUAAAACAGAGGAUCCUUAGUCGUAUUUACCCUUGUACUAGUCAAUAGUAACGGGUACCUUAAUUGAUAGGUAUUAAUACUGAUAAUUAGAGUGGCACUUCAUAUAGUAAGAUAAAAUGGUAGAAACAAAGAUAGUCAUUAUAGCAUUAGGCCAUCACUUUUAUAUUGAUGUUUUAAUGAGUAAUUAUCUUGUAUUUUGAAAAUUUAUUAUUGGCUGUGUCCACCCAAUAGUAGGAGCCAAAUAAUUACAUUAUUCAAAAAAUAAGUAACACAUAUUAUUAUUAGAUGGUAACAUAAACAUGCGAGUAGAUAAUUUUUCGUAUUUUAAGAGACAAUUGGAUGUGUCAACUAAUUUAUGGCGUAGAGUUUUACUCCAAAAGCACUUAAUAAUUUUUCCAAAUCAAGGUGGUUUCUAUCUCUGUGUUCUAGAAAUUAUGUUUAUAUAUAACACAACAUAUAUAACCAACUAGGCCUAGCCUAGUUGGCCACCACGCCUUCCUUAGGGCUUAGUUCCAAAGAGGUCAUGCGUUCAAUUUCUCUUAGAGGGAUUGAAUUAAGAGAGUGCAAAUACUUAAGUGCUUUGUCAAGAGUGGGGAUAUGUUCUCCCAUAGGUGCUAAUCUAAUCUAACAACUAACAUUUGCCGAUCAAAAAAAAUAUAUAUAUACAUAUAUAUAACACAACAUAUAUCUUACUAAAAUGUGUGUUUUUUUUUUUUUAUAUAAAAAUAAUUAAGAGACUUACAGCUUAGGCUUUUAACUUUUUCAAAAAAAAAUAAUCCAAUUUAAUCGUGAAAGGGGAUUCACUGAGUAGCCCUUUGGUUAUAGCUAAAAUAUCACACUGCUAAUUAAAUGCCAUCAAAUAUAUAUCCAAAGAAUAAGGUGAUAACAUUUUUUGAGUAAAGUUGACAUAAAAGCAUAGUUGUACGUAACAUUUUGUGAUUGUUCAUAUUCAUGGAGUUGGGAUCUAGUAAGCCCACUUUAAAAAGUAGCAUGUGUAAGGCUAAGGCUUCUGUUAUUUCUCCAUUUAUAGAAGAAUAUAUAUAACCUUUGGCAUGGGGACGUUUUCCUUUUUAUUCAGAUGAAAAGUGGUUGAUACUGUGCCAUAUUAGCACUGUUCUGCUUCUUUUUCCCACCAUUUUUAUGAAGCCUGGACCACUUGCUAUUGUCUCAAUUUGAUUUCAACCAGUCAGUGGCCAUAAAUAAAGGUACCUGCACAAGCGCUCCCUCUCUCUCUCUCAAUUAAUUCAAUCAGUUUCCUUUUUUGUUUGUUGUUUUCUGUAGCAAGGUGAGUGGUGGUAUUUCAGAAUUUGAGUGCAUAUGUUUUAAGAAAUUUUUUACUUUGUCUAAAGAUGCUUAUUAGUUGACUUAUCAUGGCACAUUACAUAUAGGUUUUAGGGUUUUCCAUAUCCAUGUUGCAGUAUGUUCUGAUGACAUCAAUAUUGUCAUCUAAUUAAUCGGAAAGUAAUUAUUUAGAGGGAUAUGUCAGUGUUCAACGAAUUCCACACACAGAUUUUGUAACAUAAAAGAAUAACCAAGAAAAAUGAAGUAUAUGAAACUUGGGACAAGACCAGACACUUUCUACACAGAAGAGGCUACCAGGACGGUAAUCUCAGACGCAGCCAGUGAUCUCAUCAUACAGAUUAACAAAAUCAAUUAUCUUCUCCAUAAGUUGCAGUAUCAACUUCUUCCCAAGUGUGGUCUCUUGCAACGACUUUGCUCAGAUUCUGAAGAUUCUGCUAGUAUUACUUUGGAGCUUCAUGAUAUUCCUGGAGGUGAAGAUGCUUUCGAGUUGUGUGCUAAGUUUUGCUAUGGGAUUGAAAUCAAUCUUAGUGCACGUAAUAUCGUACCUGCAAUUUGUGCUGCUAAAUUCCUUCGAAUGACUGAAGCAGUUGAAAGAGGAAAUUUUAUUCUAAAACUUGAGAGUUUCUUCAAUUCAUGCAUUCUUGACGGUUGGAAGGACUCCAUUCUAACAUUGCAGACCACAGGAAAAUUACCAGAGUGGUCAGAAAAUCUUGGCAUCAUUAGGAGGUGCAUUGACUCUGUUGUUGAGAAAAUACUUACACCCUUGCCAAAGGUUACAUGGUCCUACACUUACACUAGACCAGGAUAUUCACAGAAACGACACCAAAUUGUGCCAAAGGAUUGGUGGACAGAAGACGUAUCUGACCUUGACAUAGAUCUGUUUCGAUGCAUAAUUACUACUAUUAGGUCAACAAACAUGCUGCCACAACAACUAAUCGGCGAAGCUUUGCAUGUCUAUGCUUGUCGUUGGCUACCAGACACUACAAAGAAUUGGCCUCCAGAGAGUUCAACUUCUCAAAUUGAAGAUGUGAACAAGAAACAAAGAAUUCUUGACACAGUCGCAAGCAUGAUUCCAGCUGAUAGAGGGUGUGUUUCUAUUGGAUUCUUGCUGAGACUACUCAGUAUAGCAAAUUUUAUAGGGGCAUCUCCAGUAACAAAGGCAGAACUUAUAAGGAGAUCUUGCAUGCAACUGGAGGAGGCAACAGUGAAUGACCUUUUAUUUCCUCCACAUUUGUCUUCUAAUAGCCAUUUUUAUGAUGUUGACUUGGUUGGGGCAGUGUUAGAAAGUUUCCUACAACAGUGGAGAAGGCAAAACCUUGGAGAACAAGGUCAAUCCGUGAGUUUGAUUCAGAAAGUUGGAAAGCUCAUUGAUUCUUAUCUUCAAGUGGUUUCAAGGGAUGUCAAUUUGCCAGUUCAGAAAGUAGUGUCUAUUGUAGAAGCUUUGCCAGAAAUUGCUCGGCCUAACCAUGACAACCUUUACAAGGCGAUUAACAUUUACCUAAAGGAACAUCCUGGUCUGGAAAAAGUAGAGAAAAAGCACCUCUGUCGCAUUCUUGAUUGUCAAAAGUUAUCUCCCGAAGUAUGUGCCCAUGCUGUGAAGAAUGAGCGACUACCAUUGAGAACAGUGGUGCAAGUCCUCUUCUUUGAACAAGAGAGAGGCGCCAGGUCAACAACUCACAAACUUCCACCUCAACAGCUACUUAUUGGCAGACAAAGACGGCCAAUUACUGCAAAUGACUCGAGCAAGUCGAAAGUGAGCUCAGAUGGACAAUCCUAUGAAGUAGAGGGCAUUACAAGAACUACAAAUCCUGGAAUUACCGAAAGUAUUCAUCACAAAACAACAAAGUCAGAUGGAAAAUUGGUAUUGGAACCUGAACAAAAUGUGACCAGAAAAAAGGAUGAGCAAACGGAGAUAGAGAAGGCAAGGGUAAUUAAAGAAGAAGGAACUUCUGGAUGUAAAUUUGACCCAAGUAUGAUAAUACAGAGGAGAACUAAAUCAGACCGCAGCCAUAGCAAAGGUAGAUCUAGAUAGCACAUGAAAAGAUUCUCGCAAUUUCUCUGCUCUUAAUUGUAAUUUUGAUUUUCAAGCCAAAAGUAAUGAUCCAUGAUGCCAUUAAACCAGUGUACAAAACCUUAGCACCAUAUAAUAAUCAGUACAAAGUUGUUGUCUUUUGUUCCUGUAGAAGUUGUCUAGAAGUAUUCAGUGAGCAGAAUAUCAGGAAAGGGUUUGAACUAACAAUAGGUGGAGAUUGAGUUUCCAAUGGAUUAUAGUGUGGGAGAAUUGAAGUUACACAUUUGAUUGAUUACUUGAUAUUUUCAUAUGUAAGCACCGCAACAUCAAGUUUGAAA